CGACCAGCGCGCCCUUGCGCGCGUGCACCCCUGGCUCAUGAAGCGCGCGGGCGCUGACCUUCAUGAGCUGCAUCGCGAUUCUUACGUUUCGCAGCGGGGGCUUGAGGCGAUUCUGAAAAGGGUGAGGGCGGACGGGCUCCCCAGCGCGAGCAGCUCGCGCUCGCAGCUCCGAGCCCGCCAUGCGUUCACUAGUGAGCCAACGCCAUACGGCCCUGUGGCGCAGCCGAUGGAGCUCACUCUAGAGGACAGGACUGUUGGAAUUGCAUUUGUCAAUCACCCGUUUGCCCUCUUUGAUCGUACCGUUCGGGAGUGCGCUCCGUUCAGGCAAAUUAUGAAGGCAAAGUUGGCGAAGUUCCCCAGCUCCCCGAGUACGCCGUGGAGGCUCAUCAUAUACUUCGACGAGGUCAGCCCCGCGAACCCACUUGCAUCCAAGAAGGACCCACGCAAAGUGCAGAGCUUCUACUGGACGUUCGCUGAGUUUGAAAAUCUUGUUCAUCGGGAGGAAAUGUGGUUCAUUGUUACAUGUACUCCGUCGCUCAUUGUCGAGACCAUGGACAGCGGCAUGUCGCAGUUAGUCAAGCAUGUACUGAAACACAUGUUUUUCAAUGACGAGUCUCAUCACCUGACGAAGACAGGCAUUUGCUUGGAUUUGCGCGAGAGCGAAAACGAUACCAAUGAUUUCACCAGGCUCUUUGCGCGUCAUUACGGGACAUUGGCUGACUUCAAUGCUAUCAAGGAAGUCCUCGGUAGCAUGGGCCACCGAGGCAUCGUGCCAUGCCCUUUGUGCCGAAACAUCGCCAAGGACGGUAGAUUCGGGCACCUCCCGUUGGACAAUUUGGAGUGCCACCUUUGGGAGCCGCACUCGGACGCUUCUGUGCGAAACUUGCGGGGAGAACUGAUGGUUGCAAAAACUGUUUUGGGUAAGACUGCUUACGCAGAGUUGGAGACCAGGAAAGGGUUCCACUACGGGCCCCACUACCUCACUGCUGAUGCCGCCAUGAAGCCAAUCAGCACCACCAUGUACGAUUGGCCGCACAUAUAUUUCAUCACUGGGCUUUUCGAGUACGAUCUCGAUGAAUUUAUGCACAAGGCCAAGGCGGCUGCGGGGAGGAACAAAAAGGGCCUGGUGGAAUACACAGACCUGCACGCGUACAUGCAGCAGUGGACGUGGCCUCGGGAGUACAAGAGAACGGCUGAAAUCUUCGAGACCAACAAGCUGGCCGCCACUGCGAGCGAGCAGCUGUCAGCGACACCAGUCGUACAGAGGUACUUCUCCAACGUGGUUGCAAAGGAGGAGAGCCUUGCCGCCCUCCACGGUGCAGCGGAAUCAGUUUCGCUCUGUUGUGAGAGCAUAGAGAUGCUGCAAUGCGCAUCGCGCAAACAGGUGUCCGCGGUCCAGCUGCAUGAUUGCAUCAUGAAGCACUUGAAUAAGUUUCGCGACGUGCACGGGCGAGGGCCCUGGCAAUUCAAGCACCACCAGGCUGCUCAUCUCGGUCCGCAGUACCGAGAUUUCGGUUGCCUUUUCGACACGUUCGUCACCGAGCGAAGGCAUAAGGACCCGAAAAAGUUCGCAAUGAACCGCCAGUCGAGAG